AAAUCAGUGUUUACAAUUAUUGUAGAAUUUAUUUUAAUUGAUGAUGAAUUUUGUUAUUGAAUUGUUUUUUGUUUGUGCGUUAAGUAAUUGUGUUUUUGGAUACUUGGAGUUGGAAAGUUAUGACAAGCCGAACGCUUUUGAUUUAGAUUUGUACGAGAAUGCGUUGGAUCCUGAAUUGUGUCAAAGUGAUUUGGCUUAUCUCCAAAGUAAUACAUACUUGGGGGCACAGUUCCUCGAUGCUGGUAUAAGACUGCCGCGAGGUUUCCUCAUCGGUAACCUGGCUGACCUAGGCAACUACCACCAGUGCCUGUCCAUCCGAGGCGAGGAUGACUACGAUCACAUACGGGGCAAAUACUGCUCCAUUACCGUGCCCUUAUCUCAAGAGAAUAUCCAAUGGCAGUGGAUCCCUGAUGUGCUUGCCAAGAAUGAUCUACCUUGGGGAAAGCUGUUUCCAAAUGUCACUCAUGUGUCUGAGAAUUGGUUGAGGAAACUAAAAGAUUUUCAGAAUAGAGAGUCCAGUCUUAGAAGGUUUUUGUGGCAGAAGACUGACUCUGGGGAGCACAAAAGAUUACCUCCAGAUAGUCCAAUGGGAGAUUUGUCGUUAAACCUUGCUAUAUGUAUUCCUAAGUCUUGUACAACUGGGGAAGCAUUGGACUCGUUCUUCUCCAACAUCACUACAUCUGGCCUCGACUAUACUGAGAACUAUUGCCGACUUCCCAAUGACAAGCCUUUUGUAGCAGCUGACUAUGUUGCCUUUACUGUGUUUGGACUCGUAGGCCUAUUGACAAUUAUCAGCACCUCUUAUGACGUACAUCAUACAGUUAUCCAGAAAAAAGAUCCAAAACUAGCAAGUCCACUUUACACGUCAUUCUCAGUGUUCACGAACUGUCGCCGCCUAUUCUCGUACUCUUCUACUCCGAAAACAAUUGAAUGUCUCGAUGGACUUCGGAGUAUUGCCAUGACGUGGGUGGUGCUUGGACACAGCUUCUCGACCAACCUUAUUGGGGGUGUCGUGAACCCUUUGGAUACCCUUGAGUGGGUGAAGCAGCCUUAUUCAAUUUACGUGACAUCAGCGCCUAUAACAGUGGACACGUUCCUGCUCCUGAGUGGGAUAUUGCUCGUCUACACUGUUGCGGGGAAAAUGGGGCGAGAAACCCUGCUCAAGAACAUCCAUCUAUUUUACCUGAACCGCCUCCUCCGUCUGUUCCCGAUCCUGGCCACGGCGGUGCUGGCCACGGCCUCGGUGUUCCACCACGUUGCUGACGGCCCGCAGUGGCAGCUGUUCGUGAGGAAGGUGUACAACUGCCGCACCUACUGGUGGUCCACGCUGCUGCACGUGCAGAAUUAUAUGAAUGCUAGUUAUAUGUGCCUCGGCCACACCUGGUACAUAGCAGUGGACGUCCAACUGCACAUCAUCUCCCCGCUCGUACUGUACUGGGUACUGACCAGUAAGAGAGCUGCGUGGUACGGACUGACUGCGGCCCUCGCGACCUCGCUCACUGCCGCUACUAUAUUUAAUGCAGCUUGGGGUUUCAAGUCUAGCGCGAUUCAAGCUUCCAUUGAAAACGACCUAAACUACAACAGAUACUACUACAUCAACACCCUGUGUCGAGCCCCGCCGUUCUUCGUGGGAAUGAUCUACGGAUACUUGCUGUACUCGUUGCAAGACACUCAAAUAAGGAUCAAGAGACCUAUUCUCCUUCUCACCUGGUCCCUCUGGUUCGGUGUGGUCUCGACGGUGCUGUACCUCACCUACCCCAUGCAGCAGGCGGAGUGGGAGCACCCUGUGCUGGAUGUGUUCAUCAAUAGCUUCAUGAGACCGGUGUGGGGACUCGCUAUUGGCUGGAUGAUCUUCGCUUGUGCGAAGGGUUAUGGAGGUCCCAUCAACUGGUUCCUGUCCCUGCGCGCGUGGAAGGCGCCGUCCCGUCUGUCGUACGCCGCGUACGUGCUGCACUACCCGCUGCUGUUCGUCGUCAACUGCACCGCGCUCGCGCCCGUCUACUUCUCCGAUGAACCUUUUAUCUUCAAAUUCUUCGCUGACUUCACGGUGGCUGCUAUAGCCUCAUUGAUAGCUACAAUCCUGAUCGAUGCUCCGUGUUCUACACUCAUUAAAAUUGCUAUGGGAGCAGGUUCCAAGAGACCAAUUAAGGCUCCAAUGGAAAACAAUGCUGAGGAGCACUCACUUUUAUUAUAUUCGUGUAUAAUUUUAAAUAUUAAUGCAGAAAAAACAAAAGACAGAUCAUCAGCAUUUGAUUUGGAUCUAUACGAGCAAGUUCUAGAUUCAGAACUAUGCCAAAAGGAACUACAAUAUAUUUCUGGUAACCCGCUGCUACAAGCAACAUUCCUUGAUGCUGGUAUAAGAGUACCUAAAGGCCUGUUAACAUUCAAUACAGUGGAAUUAGGCAACUACUACCAAUGCCUUGGCAUAAAAGAACCAACCCCAGAUAGCAUCAUUGAAGGAAAACACUGUUCUAUAUCUAUACCACUUGGGCAACAAUUAGAUAUACCAUGGGAAACCAUACCGAGUCAUCUAUCACCGAGGUUGGAUCCUUGGAGAGAAUUGGUAACGAAUACAUCGCUGUUUACAGAAGAUUAUAUUGAAAAAAUAAAUAAGUUCCAUGCUGAAAGAUCUAAAAUAGAAAAUGUUAUUGAUGGUGCCGUAGGAGAUAGAAGCUUACCAUCAGACAAUUUGCUAAGUGAUCUCACACUAUCAGUAUCUAUCUGCGUGCCUAAGUCUUGUACCACUAAAGAAGCGUUGGACGGCUACUACUUCAAUAUAGUAUCUUCCGCUGGACUUCGGUAUACGGAAAACUACUGCCGGCUGCCGAACGACAAGCCUUAUGCUGCCGCUGACUAUGUUGCCUUUGCCGUAUUUGGAGCAAUAGGAUUACUGACAAUAAUCAGCACAAUUUAUGAUAUCAACUCUACUAUCAUCCAAAAGAGAGAUAAAAAGCAAAUAAGCAAGCUGUACCAGUCGUUCUCAGUCUACACCAACUGCCGUCGCCUCGUCACGGUUUCGAAGAACCCCAAAAGCAUCGAGUGUCUGGAUGGCAUCAGGGUGCUGGCCAUGGCGUGGGUCAUCCUCGGACACACGUACAUCACGAGCCCACCCGUCAUUAAUGUCGUCGAUAUUGCUACGUGGUUUGCGUCGGGACAUUCUGUAUUUAUCACAGGAGCAGUGAUAACUGUCGAUACAUUUUUCUUCUUGAGUGGUUUACUGAUUGCUUAUACUACAGCUGGAAAAAUUGGACCAUCAACUCUCAUCAAAAACAUACAUCUGUUCUAUUUGAACCGAUUGCUCCGAAUGUUCCCAAUACUGGCGAGUGGAGUUCUCUUGAUGGCGUCGUGGUUCAACCAGGUGGCUGAUGGACCAAACUGGCAGUCAGUAGUGAGAAGUGUCGACAACUGCAGGACUUAUUGGUGGUCCACGCUUCUGCAUGUGCAGAAUUAUAUCAAUCCAGAAAGAGUGUGCCUAGAUCAAUCCUGGUACCUCUCGGUUGACAUCCAACUCCACAUGCUAUGUCCAAUAGUGCUGUUCUGGGUGCUGUCGGACCGGCGCUCCGCCUGGCUCAGUCUAGUGGUGGCUCUGAUGGCUUCCCUAACGGCAGCCACCACGUACAAUGCCAUAAAUGGGUUUAGAACUUUCGAGCAUCCCGAGGCUCCGAGCUACCACAGAUAUUACUACAUAAAUACACUCACGAGAGCGUCGCCAUUCUUCGUCGGAAUGAUUUUUGGAUACGUCAUUCACAUUUCCCGGCAGAGGAGAAUUCAGAUUAAAAAGAACGUAAACAUACUUCUAUGGACACUAUGGCUAGCGCUAAUGUCGACCUGCAUUUACGUGCACUUCCCGACACAGCAGAGCGAGUGGGACAACCCGAUCGUCGAUAUAGUGCUGAACUCCUUCUGGCGACCCGCCUGGGCCGUCGGGGUUGGCUGGAUGAUAUUCGCUUGCGACCAAGGUUACGGAGGCCCCCUGAACUGGCUAUUAUCCCUCCAAAUGUGGAAGGUGCCGGCUCGCGUCUCAUACGCCAUGUACAUCUACCACAUGCAGAUUCAGCAGGUCUCCAGCGGGGCCGCUCUGGCGCCUAUCUUCUUCUCUGAUACUUUCUUUUUCGUCCGUUUCAUCACGGACUUCAGUAUGGCGCUGUGGGUGGCGUUCCUCGGGGUGCUGCUGAUCGACGCACCGUGCACCACUCUCAUCAAAAUGGGCUUAGAUAAAUUUGGAAAAGCAUCAAAACCUCACUCAAGUAACAAGGACCUAAACAACAAUGCCAACAAUGAAGGAACGAAUGAUAAGAGCCUACACCCGAGUCCGCGUUGUUCUAUGGAUAAACGUGACGAAAAUAAAAAUUACUGAGAAAAUUAA